AUGGCGCCGUCCGCCAUGAACACCACCAAGAGCAAGGAGCAGCAGGAGAUCGACGACUGGCUGCCCAUCACCUCCUCCAGGAACGCCAAGUGGUGGUACUCGGCCUUCCACAAUGUCACCGCCAUGGUCGGCGCCGGCGUCCUCAGCCUGCCCUACGCCAUGUCCGAGCUCGGAUGGGGUCCCGGUGUGGCGGCCAUGCUCCUCUCAUGGCUGAUCACCCUCUACACGCUGUGGCAGAUGGUUGAGAUGCACGAGUGCGUGCCCGGCAAGCGCUUCGACCGGUACCAUGAGCUGGGCCAGCACGCCUUUGGCGAGAAGCUGGGCCUCUGGAUAGUCGUCCCGCAGCAGCUCAUCGUCGAGGUGGGCGUCUGCAUCUGCUACAUGGUCACCGGCGGCAAGUCCCUCAAGAAGUUCCACGACGUGGUCAGCCCGGACGCGCCCCCGAUCCGCACCAGCCUCUUCAUCGUCAUCUUCGGCUCCGCCCACUUCCUCCUCUCGCAGCUCCCCAACUUCAACUCCAUCUCGCUCAUCUCCCUCGCCGCUGCCGUCAUGUCGCUCACCUACUCCACCAUCGCCUGGGUGGCCUCCGUGCACCACGCUACCACCCGCGGUGCCGGAGCCGUGGUAGACUACAGCAUGACGGCUUCCACGUCGGCAGGGAGGACGUUCAACUUCCUUAACGCCCUUGGUGACGUCGCCUUCGCGUACGCCGGCCACAACGUGGUGCUGGAGAUCCAGGCCACCAUCCCGUCCACGCCGGACAAGCCGUCCAAGAAGCCCAUGUGGAAGGGCGUCAUCGUCGCAUACAUCGUCGUCGCCAUCUGCUACCUCCCCGUGGCCUUCGUCGGGUACUACGCCUUCGGCAACGCCGUCGACGACAACAUCCUUAUCACCCUCGAGAAGCCCCGCUGGCUCAUCGCCGCCGCCAACAUGUUCGUCGUCGUUCACGUCAUCGGCAGCUACCAGAUCUACGCGAUGCCGGUGUUCGACAUGCUCGAGACGUUCCUGGUGAAGAAGCUGCGGUUCAAGCCCGGGUGGCCUCUUCGUCUGAUCGCUCGCUCGCUCUAUGUCGCAUUUACCAUGAUGGUCGGCAUCGCCAUCCCCUUCUUCGGUGGAUUGCUAGGGUUCUUCGGUGGUUUUGCUCAGGCCCCCACAACCUACUUCCUUCCCUGCAUUAUGUGGCUGUGCAUCAAGAAGCCAAAGAAGUUUGGCCGGUCCUGGUGUAUCAACUGGUUCUGCAUUAUCAUCGGCGUGCUCCUGUCAGUGCUGGCGCCUAUCGGAGCCCUCCGUUCCAUCAUCAUGAACUACAAGUCUUACAAGUUCUUCUCAUGA